CUCCUCUUUUCAGGCUCAGAGGCAAGCCAAUCUCCCAUCCUUAGGUCUGCUCCUUUUCUUGCAGGCUUGCUUGAAUCUGCAGGAAGAUGUCUCGCUUCUUAGACAGCAUUUCCACCAUCAUCAGCGUCUUUCACAAACAUGCAAAGGAAGAUGGAGACUGCUCCAACCUCAGCCAAAGGAAGAUGAAGGAGUUCAUCCGGAGGGAGUUUGCAGAUAUCAUAGAUAAGCCGCAUGACCCUCAGACGGUUGACAAGAUUCUGCAGUUUCUGGAGUGGGAUGGUGAUGGGGAAAUAGAUUUUAAUGAGUUCCUGCUUUUGGUGUUCAGAGUGGCUAAGGCCUGCUACUGGUACCUGCCAAAGGGACCAUGCCUCCUGCAAAGAACAAAGCUGACAACCGGUGGCAAGUCACUCCAAGAUCCUGACAUUAAGAACAGAGGGAGCCAUCAGCAGCUCCAGGGGGAGGAACAACAAACUAGUGAGAGUAAAUAUCAUCCCCCCUGUGAACCUCAGCUGCAACGAGACACCAGGAUCAACGAGCUUGAAACGCUAAAGGAAAUGGGGAGUCAUCACCAGCAACAUAACACGCAAAGCAAAAACGAUGCAAAACAAAGUAGCAAGCCAGGGGAGCCAAUCCCUCAGGAAUAUGAAGAACGAAACCAAAAGCCACAUAACCAACAGAAGAGCCAAAAUAGACGUCAGCCACCAGAGCCAGACAGACGAGCAAAAGUACGACACCGCAAGUGCAGCAGCUUGCAAGCACAAGAGGCCAGACUGAAGGAAGAUGAGAGGCAAAAUCAAGAGGUGCUGCAGCCAGAACAACUGGCAGACGUGAGGAGUCGCAGCCAGAGCUGUGAACCUCAAGCACUGCCAAACCGGUGGAGUAGCCAUCAGCCACUUGAGACAACACUACCAACAUAUGAUCAAAAAACCCAGCAGCCACAAAAAGCAGAUAUAGAAAGUCACAAUCAGCCACGUAAACCUGAAUUACUGGCAGAAGAGAGAAGCCGCUACCAUGUACGUGAGCUGGAACAAAAAGCACUUGAAUGUAGCAGCCACAACCCACGUGAGCCUGAACGCCGGGACUCAAAAAACACAUACCAAUCAUACAUACAGAAACCGCUAGAACUCGACCACAGAUAUUAUGAGACUUCUGAGCCAAGGAAAAAAAACUCUGAAAAAGGGAAAAAAAAGGAACAUGACUUGGAAUAUCAAGAAGGUGAGAGAAACAUCCAUAUGAAUCAAGACCGGCAAAAACGAGAAGAUGCAAGGAAAAAAGAACUCAUACAGAACAAGAGGACCGAUCGCCAACGGGAGCUGGACCUGGAGCUCUAUGAGCGCCGCAGCCACCUGACGCGGGAAACAGAAGAGCAAGGUGCCACGACCAACCAGAGAGAGACACGCGAGACACGUGACCGUCAAACACGCGAGCCCAAAGACGAUGCAAGGAGACAACGUGAGUCGGUGAGGUACGAAAGAACACAAGAGACCGCAGUGGCAGCAGCAGAAGCCGACGUGAAGAUCCAGCGUGUGUCCCGGGAACUGGACCCACGUGAGGACGUGGAAAGGAGGGACCGUCCCCGGGAGUGCGAAGAACCAGAGGAUGAGAGGAGGAUUUGCCAGGGAAGAGAGAGGGAAGAGCCCGUGCGCGACAGGAGGAUCGAUCGCCAACGGGAGCUGGACCUGGAGCUCUAUGAGCGCCGCAGCCACCUGACGCGGGAAACGGAAGAGCAAGGUGCCACGACCAACCAGAGAGAGACACGCGAGACACGUGACCGUCAAACACGCGAGCCCAAAGACGAUGCAAGGAGACAACGUGAGUCGGUGAGGUACGAAAGGACACGAGAGACCGCAGUGGCAGCAGCAGAAGACAACGUGAAGAUCCAGUGUGUGUCCCGGGAACUGGACCCACGUGAGGACGUGGAAAGGAGGGACCGUCCCCGUGAGCGCAAAGAACCAGAGGAUGAGAGGAGGAUUUGCCAGGGAAGAGAGAGGGAAGAGCCCGUGCGCGACAGGAGGAUCGAUCGCCAACGGGAGCUGGACCUGGAGCUCUAUGAGCGCCGCAGCCACCUGACGCGGGAAACGGAAGAGCAAGAUGCCACGACCAACCAGAGAGAGACACGCGAGACACGUGACCGUCAAACACGCGAGCCCAAAGACGAUGCAAGGAGACAACGUGAGUCGGUGAGGUACGAAAGAACACAAGAGACCGCAGUAGCAGCAGCAGAAGCCGACGUGAACAUCCAGCGUGUGUCUCGGCAACAGGACCCGGGUGAGGACAUGGAAAGGAGGGACCGUCCCCGUGAGCGCAAAGAACCAGAGGAUGAGAGGAGGAUUUGCCAGGGAAGAGAGAGGGAAGAGCCCCUGCGCGACAGGAGGAUCGAUCGCCAACGGGAGCUGGAUCUGGAGCUCUAUGAGCGCCGCAGCCACCUGACGCGGGAAACAGAAGAGCAAGGUGCCACGACCAACCAGAGAGAGACACGCGAGACACGUGACCGUCAAACACGCGAGCCCAAAGACGAUGCAAGGAGACAACGUGAGUCGGUGAGGUACGAAAGGACACGAGAGACCGCAGUGGCAGCAGCAGAAGCCGACGUGAAGAUCCAGCGUGUGUCCCAGCAACAGGACCCACGUGAGGACAUGGAAAGGAGGGACCGUCCCCGGGAGUGCGAAGAACCAGAGGAUGAGAGGAGGAUUUGCCAGGGAAGAGAGAGGGAAGAGCCCGUACGCGACAGGAGGAUCGAUCGCCAACGGGAGCUGGACCUGGAGCUCUAUGAGCGCCGCAGCCACCUGACGCGGGAAACGGAAGAGCAAGGUGCCACGACCAACCAGAAAGAGACACGCGAGACACGUGACCGUCAAACACGCGAGCCCAAAGACGAUGCAAGGAGACAACGUGAGUCGGUGAGGUACGAAAGGACACAAGAGACCGCAGUGGCAGCAGCAGAAGCCGACGUGAACAUCCAGCGUGUGUCCCGGGAACUGGACCCACGUGAGGACAUGGAAAGGAGGGACCGUCCCCGGGAGUGCGAAGAACCAGAGGAUGAGAGGAGGAUUUGCCAGGGAAGAGAGAGGGAAGAGCCCGUGCGCGACAGGAGGAUCGAUCGCCAACGGGAGCUGGACCUGGAGCUCUAUGAGCGCCGCAGCCACCUGACGCGGGAAACGGAAGAGCAAGGUGCCACGACCAACCAGAGGGAGACACGCGAGACACGUGACCAUCAAACACGCGAGCCCAAAGACGAUGCAAGGAGACAACGUGAGUCGGUGAGGUGCGAAAGGACACGAGAGACCGCAGUGGCAGCAGCAGAAGCCGACGUGAACAUCCAGCGUGUGUCCCAGCAACAGGACCCACGUGAGGACGUGGAAAGGAGGGACCGUCCCCGGGAGUGCGAAGAAACAGAGGAUGAGAGGAGGAUUUGCCAAGGAAGAGAGAGGGAAGAGCCCGUGCGCGACAGGAAGAUCGAUCGCCAACGGGAGCUGGACCUGGAGCUCUAUGAGCGCCGCAGCCACCUGACGCGGGAAAAGGAAGAGCAAGGUGCCACGACCAACCAGAAAGAGACACGCGAGACACGUGACCGUCAAACACGCGAGCCCAAAGACAAUGCAAGGAGACAACGUGAGUCGGUGAGGUACGAAAGAACACAAGAGACCGCAGUAGCAGCAGCAGAAGCCGACGUGAACAUCCAGCGUGUGUCUCGGCAACAGGACCCGGGUGAGGACAUGGAAAGGAGGGACCGUCCCCGUGAGCGCAAAGAACCAGAGGAUGAGAGGAGGAUUUGCCAGGGAAGAGAGAGGGAAGAGCCCGUGCGCGACAGGAGGAUCGAUCGCCAACGGGAGCUGGACCUGGAGCUCUAUGAGCGCCGCAGCCACCUGACGCGGGAAACGGAAGAGCAAGGUGCCACAACCAACCAGAGAGAGACACGCGAGACACAUGACCGUCAAACACGCGAGCCCAAAGACAAUGCAAGGAGACAACGUGAGUCGGUGAGGUGCGAAAGGACACGAGAGACCGCAGUGGCAGCAGCAGAAGCCGACGUGAACAUCCAGCGUGUGUCCCAGCAACAGGACCCACGUGAGGACAUGGAAAGGAGGGACCGUCCCCGUGAGCGCAAAGAACCAGAGGAUGAGAGGAGGAUUUGCCAGGGAAGAGAGAGGGAAGAGCCCGUGCGCGACAGGAGGAUCGAUCGCCAACGGGAGCUGGACCUGGAGCUCUAUGAGCGCCGCAGCCACCUGACGCGGGAAACGGAAGAGCAAGAUGCCACGACCAACCAGAGAGAGACACGCGAGACACGUGACCGUCAAACACGCGAGCCCAAAGACGAUGCAAGGAGACAACGACCCGGGUGA